AUGGUCAACGUGUUCCCUUUUCUGGGCUGCCACACCUCGGUGGGAGACAACCUGUGGGUUAAAAAAUCUAAAUAUUUCUUUUCUUAUUGCAGUGUGACAUCAGUCCAAGGAACGACAGUGUGGCAUCAAUCUAGGGAACGACAGUGUGACAUCAGUUAAGAAAACAACAAUGUGACAAACUUAGAGAACGAUGGUGUGACAUCACCUAGAGAAGGAUAGUGUGACAUCAGUCCAGGGAACAACAGUGUGACAUUAAUCCAGGGAACGACAGUGUGAACACCUAGAGAACAACAGUGUGACAUCUGUCCAGGGAACGAGUGUGACAUCAGCCCAAGGAUCGAAGCAUCACAAAACGACCGGAAAAGACGAGGUGAAGCAAGAAAGAUGGCAAGACCCAUGGGGGCGCUGGGAGUCGUACCCACGGCACUGUUACGACUGCUGAUCACUGCCCUGCUGAAGGAAGUGGGCGACCCCCGCUACGACCGUCCCCACGACCUGGCUCCUGACUACGACUUCAUCAUAGUUGGCGGCGGGUCAGCGGGUAGCGUGAUGGCUGCCAGGCUGGCGGAGGAGGCUGGCUGGCGGGUGCUGUUGCUGGAAGCAGGAGCCAAACAGCCAGUAGAAAGUAGGGUUCCAGCACUCAACUUUCUCUUGUUCCAGGGCGACGCGGACUGGAACUACCGCUCACAGCCUCAACAACACGCACUCAAAGCUUACAAGGAUAAUGUGAGAAAGUGGGAUUUUAUUUCACAAAUCCAUUUUUUUUAAUCCUACUUUGGCACUGGUGAAGGUUGCUUAG